AUGCUCUGGCGACGGCCGCUGCCCCUUUUCAUCGCAUCCUUCCACUUUCAGGCCAACGGCAAGAUGGCCACAGACGACUUAGACACGGAUGCCGGCGCAAGCGUCCAGUUGCCGAUUCGGGCAGCAGGGAAUACCGACGAGAGCAACUCCACAGCUUUUGACAUCGUCAAGACAUACCGUUCGCUCCUCGAUGCGGACCCGGACCUCACAAUGCCCGUCGCGGCCAUCGAGUCGCUGAUAGAGCUGCUCCACGCGACGCCGUCGUCGACGGCUAUGGAGACGGUCGAGGUGGUGAAGAAGGAAAAGGCGAAGCUGGUGGCCUCGGCGCCGAACCCGCUGCCGAUCCUGGCCGGCGCCGACCUGUUCGAGCAGUUCCUGCUGCGGUCGCUUAGGGGGCAGACCGCGUCGGGAAGCGCCGACGUGGUGCUGAGCUUCGACGAGACGCGCCAGCACCUGCUACGCAACAAGCUGCUCUUCGCCGAGCGCGCUAAGGCCGCCCGCGACAUGAUCGCCAAGCUGGGCAGCGAGCGCGUCGUCGACGGCGGCGUCGUCAUGACGGCCGGCGGCUCGCGCGUCGUCACCAAGAUCCUGCUGCACGCGGCCGCGAUGCAGAAGAAGCAGUUCAAGGUCAUCUACGUGCUCGACGGCAGCCCGCGCACCGACGCGUCGGUCGCGGCGCUGCGGGACGCCGGCAUCCCCGUCGAGACUGUCCUGUUCCAGAAGGUCGCCUACAUGCUGCUCAACCAGAGCCAGAUCAACGUGGUCAUGGUCGGCACCGAGGUCAUCACGUGGAACGGCGGCGUCGUGUCGCGCAUGGGCACCUGCCAGCUGGCCCAGCUGUGCAAGAAGCUGCCCGGCACCAUGCGCCGCUUCUUCGUCGUUGCCGAGUCGCACAAGAUCCACCGCAACAUGCCCAUCGCCUACCCCAUGGUGCUGCACCUCGGCGUCCGCCAGCGGCACAUUGGCCGCUGGGAAAACCUCGCCAACGGCAGCGUCCGGGACUUGGACGGCAAGCCCAUGGAGAGCUGGCUGGCCGACCAGGACGAGGUCGAGUACACAGAGCCAGAGUUUAUCGACGGCUUCAUCACCGAGCAGGGCAUCAAGUCGCCGGGCAUGAUUGUGAAAAUGGUAGAGGACUACAACUAA